ACUGGCCCUUGUUCUGUUCCCGUCAACGUUUACGUUUCGGCCGUCAGGUUUGCAGGUGCCGUCCUGCACCACCACGGCAAUUCAGUCAGAUUCGUUCCCUCAACAGCCUAGUCGCGUCGCUCCCCAUUUAGGAGUGUCGGAGUGUCGCAUCAAGGGCGUCGGAUGAGCAACGUUGCUUAGAUUCGUGCCACGUGUCAUGCGAGCUCUGUUAUUCGAGAAUCGUCAACAUCAUCCAGAAGGACGAGCUGUGUAUUCCGUAUGCUUCAGAGCUCUUUAAUUUGAGAAUUCUCGAGAAAAAAACCUCCUAAAACACGAUUUCUGUCGUCACAGCAGCCAUGGAAUCUCUCCGUCGCCUUGCGACGUUCCUCCUCGUCGUCGUUGUCGUCAUCGGCUCGUCGCUCGCUGUCGCACGGGCGAAGUUCAUCGUGCAGACGCACAGCAUCCAGAUCACCGAGCCGAAGAGCAUUCGCGGGACGUACGACAGCGGAAUCGCCAACUUCGGAGUGCCGCAAUACGGCGGCACUCUAUCAGGCGUGAUUGUGUACAUGCAGAAGAACAAGGCGGGAUGCAAGAAGCUGUCGCCGUCAGAAGCGUUCAAGAAGGGUGUGGGCCAACGACCCACCAUCCUUAUGGUUGACCGAGGAGAGUGCCUGUUCACCCAGAAGGUGUGGUACGCGCAGCUGGGGGGCGCAUCAGCAGUCCUCGUAGCGGACACGGAUGUAGAGUCGCUCAUCACCAUGGAGGCGCCCAUCGACGACGAGGAGACGGACCGCUACGUCAACAACAUCACCAUCCCCUCCGCAAUCAUCGAGAAAUCCACGGGGGAUAAGAUCCGCUCGGCGCUCUCCGGGGGGAAUAUGGUGCUGGUUGACCUGGACUGGCGGGAAACGCUCCCUCACCCGGACGAAAGAGUCGAGUACGAGCUCUGGGGGACCAGCAACGAUAUUUGCGGGCCAAAAUGCAACGAUUUGACGAAUUUCCUGGACAAUUUCAAGGGGCUGGCGAUCACCCUGGAGCAGGGCGGGUAUACCCUCUUCACGCCGCACUACAUCACCUGGUACUGCCCCCCCGAGGAGGUCGACUCGAUCGCGUGCAAGAACCAGUGCAUUCACAAGGGGCGGUACUGCGCGCCGGACCCCGAGAGCGACUUUGAGCAGGGGUACGAUGGGAAGGACGUGCUGGUGGAGAACCUGCGGCAGCUGUGCGUGUGGAAGUGGGGGAAUGACACCGGCAAGCCGUGGGUGUGGUGGGACUAUGUGACGGACUUCAGGAAGCGGUGCGGCAUGGCGGACAAGAUGUUCAAUGCAGUGUGCGCUGAGACCGUUCUCACGUCCCUGGGCAUUGACGUGCGCAAUGUACGUGAGUGUGUGGGCGACCCCACUCAGGAUGUGGAGAACGCUCUGCUGCAGCAGCAGGAGGACCAGCAGGUGGGCAAGGAUGGGCGCAGUGACGUCACAAUUCAACCCACCCUGGUGGUCAACAACGCGCAGUACAGAGGCAAGCUGGACCCCAUGGGAGUGCUCAGGGCAGUGUGCUCGGGAUUUGAGGAAGCCACAGAGCCGGCGGUGUGCCUGGGCGCAGAUGUGCAGACGAACGAGUGCGCGACUAACAAUGGCGGCUGCUGGUCGGGCUUCAAUGUGACGGCCUGCAAGGACACCUUUCGGGGCCGGGUGUGCCAGUGCCCCAGCGAUCCUGUCUCAGGGGUCAACUUCGUGGGGGACGGCUACGGCAAGUGCGCCCCCCAAGGCGUGGGGCGCUGCCGGGUGAACCACGGGGGGUGCUGGAACGCGGAGCACAGCGGCCAGACCUUCUCCGCCUGCGAUGACACGUCUAUGUUUGGCACAGGCUGCAGCUGCCCGCCUGGGUUCACAGGAGACGGCUACACAUGUGUGGAUAGGGACGAGUGUGCGGCAGACUCCCCGGUGUGCAAGUGCCCCGACUGCCACUGCUCCAACACCUUCGGCUCUUUUGAUUGUUCCUGCGCUGGGGGGCUCGUCUAUAUGCGCGACUCAGACGCCUGUAUCAACGGCGGCUUCACGUCGCACAUGUUUGGCAAGGUGUUCGCCAUCGUGGUGGCUGCUCUCAUCCUCGCUGCUCUCAUCAGCUUCGGCAUCUACAAGUACCGCCUGAGGGCGUACAUGGACUCGGAGAUCCGCACCAUCAUGGCGCAGUACAUGCCGCUGGACAGCCAGCAGCAGGAUGGGGCCACCAGGGAGAGCCUCGUGCAGACCGCAUGAGGAGGAGCAUGGGCAUGGGCCAUGGGCAUGGGGCAUGGGCAUGGGCAUGGGCAUGGGGCAUGGGCAUGGUCAUGGG